GAAAGAACAUGACACAUAACAGGAUCUUAUUUAUUUACCAAAGGAAGAGAUAACAGAAUAGAUCAUGUACACCGUUAAAGGAGUGUCUUGUGUGAAAAGUAUAUAAGUGAAUUAGGCCAAACAACGUGAUGAACCCCACAAUGACACCGCCCACAUUGCUGAGGACUUUCAAGCCUUUGAUCACGUUUCCCACAUCUCUUCGGAUCAUGUAAAUCCCCCAUGACAGUGAUUGUGAUGUAAAUAGUGGUUUUAGACGAUUCUAAGAAAGGUUAGCUAAGUAUCAUAAAAAAAAUCUAUGCUAUUACAAAGCCUGUUGUACAUUACCAAGCUAGACGAGCCAGCUGGCCUGCCAACUCAGACUUGACUGACAGUGAAAAUGGUGCUAAAUUCACAUGGUCUGGCCCAAUGGUUGUUUUCUGAAUGCACAUUAUGCACAUGGCGUUGUACAGUCUAAACUACUACAAGAAUGUCUCUUGCCGUUGCAGCGAGAAGGAGAAAUGCGCUCCAAAAAGGCGGGGAGAGUGAGGGUGUGUUGUCUCACACAUGCGCAUGGGGGAGUCUCUCAAUUAAACACAUUUAUUUUGCACUUAUCUGGGUUAAAUACAUGUCACAGUUGAAACCAUGACUACAUGUUAUGUUACACCCAUUAAAUAUACAUACGUACACAUUUUAAAUAAAGCUAAUUGUAUUCAAAUGGGUCAGCUCUAAGAAGGGCUUGAGUCAGAGAAUCCUAGAGUAGGUCUCAGGAAACCCCAGUCUCUCUCUCUCUCUCUCUCUCUCUCACACACACACACAAACACACACUAAAACUGACAAAAAUAAAGGCAGGAGACGGAAGGGAGGAGCAGAUGAUGGAGUGGCGAGGUAUCCGUCCGUUCCCUCCGUGUGUUGUGUUUCGGAAUCUCCAUCCCAGCCCCCUCCUUGACUCCUGAAGGGGAGAGGGAUAGAAGGACACGCCUGUGUUUUCUGUAAACAUGACUGUCCCUCACUUCACCCUCCUAGCGAGGCCACUACCUCCCGGUGGCAGCCCCUGUGGCCCCCCACCCUCCCUAGGGAAGGAAGCUGGCCCCCUCAACCCUACAGGGGUCAAACUGCUGCUGGGGAAGGGAGGGGGCGUGCUGUCCCUGCCCCGGAUAUCUGCCACUGACAGCAGGAAACCCUGAGAGGACAAAUGAAAGGAAUCGUGGGUCUGCCUCUCCAUGGCAAUGGGCAGGAUGCCUUGUGUCAAAGAAUGGCGUGCGGAAAUGCUGUUGUGUCAUGGCGUGUCACUCUGCUUCCCUAUAAACAGCCUAAUCACACAUCUCGUCAUACAGCCUGCUUGGUGGACCAGAGGUCCUAAUUGUACCUGGAAGGAUGUAUAUUCUGCAGAUGUGAAGUCAUUUCCACACAAGCCUUUUAAAAAGGACAUGCUCGGAUCCUUACAUUUGAUGGACUUUAAUGUCAUUAAUUCAAAAUGCUAUGGGCUUUUCUGUUCAGAGGUUGAGCUCUAUUAAGAAAAAGCAAGAUUCUGAUUUUAAACGUAUGGCCCCUGGCCAUUGGUUGCCACAUUUCUAAAUGGCAUUAUUAUAAUCACAAACACUAGUGCCUAAGGGGUGGUAUAAUUUGAAGAAAAAAAAACAUUUCCCAAUGCUCCAAAUGUUUCUGAACUCUGCCACCACCCCUAACUACUUCAUGCUAUCCCAUUUUCAAGGAAUUUUCUUUGGAAGCUCUCGAAGAUGUGAGAUUUCAGGAAAAUUGUCUGUUUUAAGGACAACAAGAGCAGACAACAAAUGAAGGCAGGGCUGGGGAAUAGGUUUGCAUGCAGACUUCAAUGCUGACUGAACGCAGUCCGACUAGAAAGCAGUACAGUAAAGUGCUUCUACAGUGCUCUUUCCGGAACACAGGGAGCCCUGGGAGAAAGCAAUAUUGAAUCAAUACAGAUUAAUAUUGACCGUCUGUCAGACAGACUUCUGCUGACUGACUGGUGGGGUCAGAGGUCCAUGACAGUAGACAGGAUGUUGAUAUUUCUCAAGACAAAAUAUCUGUGCAUGUAUGAAACUAGUUUUUUCUUCCUCGUGCUUGUCUCAGUUUCUCUCUCUGUUUCAGGAAGGAAAUCACAAAUGUUGUGUCACCACAAUGAGUGUCAGCCCAUGUUGAAAUAACAACACCCUCAUCACCAUAACUCCCUGGGCUAUAUAAUCUACCUAAUCCCUCCACAACACGCAGACGGUACUCUGGACAAGGUCACUGUUAAAUCUGUGGGUCCCUGGAAGACAGAACUCCUGAAAAGUGACGAAUGUAGUUGGAGCUGCGGAUUGGAGAAGAGUAAAUCCAGAUAAAAAUCAUUGCUGUUAUUCACGAAAAAUAACACAACACAGACUACAGUCUAAAGGUUGAACACCUACAUUUUGGAAGUGUGCAUAGUGUUCGAAGAUGCCUUAUCCAGGACGGAGAGGAGGGAGGAGUGGUCCUUUCCAGUUCCCACGUAGUGAAACACCAGCGUUAGGAGAAAGAAGAAGACAAAGAGUGAGGAAUAUGAGAUACCAAAGUACGACAGACCAUCAGGAAAGGAGCCACCGAGAUGGCAGUCCAGACAUUUGCACAACCAUGAGACACCUGUUGCACCUGUUUGUUGCCCACCUGGAGCCCUUUGACACAGCAGAAGCUAUUGUGAAGGCUCUGAAGCCAAAUCUCCGUCCAAAUGAAUUCUGUGAGCAACUUCACAGCAUCUAUAAAGAGACAAAAACUAGGGUGAAGCAAGCCCUGGGCUCUGCACAUGAAAUGGUCCUGACAGUUGACUUGUGGUCCUACAGAACAGAAGAGACCUACCUAACAGUAGCUUGUCAUUUCGUCGACAGACUUGGGUAUCACAAGUCUCAUACACUUGAAACCACCAGAUGUGUUGAUGACCCCACAGCAGUCAACAUAGUACAGCAGCUUCUAAGUAUUGCAGACAUCUGGGGUAUAAAAGAGAAGAUCCAUACAUUGAUAACCGCUCACAUGCCAAACAUGAAGGAGGCUCUUGCCAACACAAGCUGGACAUACAUGCCAUGUUUUGCCCACACCUUGAACCUGGCAAUCAAAGAAGCAAUGAAGGGUGAGUCUGCUCAGGUCCUGCUGAAAAAGUGUCGUAAAGUUGUGAGGUUCUUCAAAAGUGGCACUGAAGCUGAGAAGAAGCUUAGAGAGCUGCAGUCCCAGCUGAGGUUCCAUCAAAAAGAACUGGUUCAGCCCGCUGAUGAUGGAUGGCUCUCUUCAUUGACCAUGUUAGAACAACUUGACGACCAGUAUCAGGCUAUGCCCAUAGUGCUAACUCAGAGAUCUAAGAAUGACAUGUGUCUGAAUGAACAGGAGUUAAAAGAACUCAAGAACGUGGUGUUGGCUCUUAAGACGUUCCGAGAUGCCACGUCCAUGAUGAAAAGCAAGGGAUUUGAGACCAUUUCCAUCGUUAUUCCACUCCUCAAUAAGCUGAUGGGUAAACUUAGAAAACAAGAAGGAAUGCUUUCUUCCCGGCUACUUGCACAAUGCAAAACACAUUUUGGCGAUCCAAACACAAACAAAUUGUCACUCACAGCUGCCCUGGACCCAAGAUUUAAGGACGAUAUACUCACUGAUGUAAAAAGUACAAAUGAAAUGCUAAUAAAAGACCAACAAGCAAAUGCUAGAUCACGACAGACGUCAUCAUCAGACCUCAGCUUUGAAGAAUCCUUGACGAUGUACCUCAACCAUGAUUCAAUUCCAGAGGGGGGGGACCCGCUAGCAUGGUGGAGGAUCACAGGCUCCAAGAAAUUCAAAGAUCUGAGCAAGAUUGCUGUCAGAAAACGAGGUGUCGUUUCCACAGCCAUCCCCUUGGAGCGUGCAUUUGAGAAAGAUGAGAUGUUCCGCAACAGAAGGAAAUGGCUGGCGCGGGGAAACCUUGACAUGAUACUGUUUUUGAACAGUAACUGGCUUGAGGUUUAGACAAAUCUUCAGCUGUUGAUACAACUGCGUGUGAAAAGAAACCGUAAAUAUCCGAUUCCACCACAGAAGGUGAAUUUUGAAGUCAGACUUUGUUUGGUCCAGAUUGAAGAGUUUACUGUUGCCUUUAAUUGAACCAGAUUCAAGGAUAUCAAUCGAUUUCUGCAUCUCACUCCAGCAUUUUAUUUCUUAAACUGCACUGCAACUUUUAUUAUAUUUCUUAAUUUUUGACUGUUUUUUAUGUUUUAUUGAAUGUUCUUAACAGUUUUUAAUUGUUUUUGUUUGUUUUUUGUUUUUGCAUUAUGUUUUGAUGCUUGGUUUUAUGUGAAGCAGUUUGAAUUGCCUUGUUGUUGAAAUGUGCUAUACAAAUAAUUUCCUUGCCUUGGUAAGGCUGCGUAAAUGUUUUAUUCUAAAGUAAUCCAAGAGUGCCACCCUGUGGAGAGCAAAAAACAACCACUCAUUCUGUGUGUGUAUAUAUAUUUCUUACAUAUACAUAUUCAUUAUUAUACACUGUCUUUCAUACUGCUGUUUCUGUUUCAAAAUGUUUGUUUCAAGUGCAUGACUGUAACUGUACAUAGCGGGACAAGUUAUCCCUUAGCCUAGAUCUCAGCGUACAAGGUGUCGCGUGAGAACGCGUGGACUGGUUGAAAUGCGUGAGUCUCGCGGUGAAUGCAUGAGACUUGAGAGCCAUCAAUGUGCAUCAAUAUGACUUAUGUUGACAAGUGUCAACAUAAGUCAUAUUGACAUUUUUUGACAUUGAGUCCAAAAUACAAUACAGUGAGUUGUACACCAUCUACUGAUACAGCAGCAAUGCUAGGCAACCCUGUCUCCUACACUCCACCACAGGCUCUCAUCCACAUUCUAUCUUAUGUCUUCUUGGGCAAUACACUUAGAGAAAAUCAUGUUGUCAUGCCCGGUCCAUCACUGACUAUCUUCAACCAAUGUCCAGGCGAUCAGAUUUCAUUGCUUCCAAGCAAGUGCAAAUUGGUCUAAGUGUUUUGAUAGUAUUUAACUUUUUUGAUUUUGGAAGACACUUCAAUAUUACAGUAGAAAUGUAGCAAAUGGCUGUCCAUUUAAUUGUGUGUUAUGUUAGUUGUUGGGGGUAUAUAAAGGUUUGGUGGUGGUUGUGUCUGAGUGAGAAAAUAAUUCAUGUGAUUUGAAAAAUGUUGAAAAAUAGGUAUGAUCAGCCCUCUUGAGUAUUUCCCUGGACAUGAACAUUGAGUGUCUUAAAACUCAUUAUUCAAUAUUGUAAGUUAACCUUUGGUAACUGUUACCAAGGCCUCACGCUUUGUGCUACACCACAACAAAAUGCAUUUUGGAAGGGGCUUUUGAACUGCUAUCAAAUGUAAACAUUACAUCUGUUGAGGAUCAUACCCUCAACCUUGUUUGUUGCUACUGCUUCUAAAUGCAUUAGCUUUUACAAGACUAAUCUCUCCAUAAUUAUCUGUCUGUCUGUGUGCAAGUUUUGUAUUGGGAUUUUAUGGUUGGGUGUAUAAUAUAUAUAUAUAUAUAUAUAUAUAUAUAUAUAUAUAUAUUAAGGUGUGGAGAUUAUAUGCUUUUAGUUAAUUAAACCCCAGCUGCAGCCACAAGCACCCUCCACAAUUUCCCCAGAAAUUGUACCCUCUCAGUUUUUGCAUGUUAAUACUUUUUGUAUACCUUGUAGUAAACAAUAAAGAGACUUCUUAGAAUAUGUAUUUUUCUUGUUGUCAAAUCCCUGUGAUAGACUGUUGACUUGCGAUAUUUCAAUUUACAAAUACAAAUCAAAAUGUGUACAGUGAAUUACAUUUGUGGCUUGGGACUUAUGAUCGUGGUACACAAAUUCACAAUACUAUUUGCGUGAUUUUGAGCACAUUUCAUUACUCUACAAUUUAAAGAGGAAUUGAGCUAGUAAUCAGAAGGUUGCCGGGUCAAUUCUCGGCUGUGCAAAAUGACGUUGUGUCCUUGGGCAAGGCACUUCACCCUACUUGCCUCAGGGGAAAUGUCCCUGUACUUACUGUAAGUCGCUCUGGAUAAGAGCGUCUGCUAAAUGACUAAAUGUAAGUGUAAAGCUACUAACUAUAGGUGGCAGUAGAUACCAAUUAAUAGAAGUGCAACACAAAACCUUCAAUGUCAAAACCCAGUAGUGUCAUUGUGUGUGUGCGCGCGUGCGUGUGCGCGUGCGCGUGUGUGUAUUUAAUCCGACAAAAGGUGCAUUUGCUUGAAGUUUCAACAUUAAACUCCCCCAACUAACCCAUUUCCUUGGCAUUCUCAUC